GGAAGAGAAGACCCUCCUGGGAGCCUCCUGCCCUCCGCCCCCUACAGCUGGCUGCCCACCCACUCAGGCCAGGGCCAUGGAGAAAUUCCACAUGCUCUUCCAGCACUUCCGGUCCAGCUCAGAGUCAGUGAUGAAUGGCAUCUGCCUGCUGCUGGCCGUGGUCACCGUCAAGCUGUACUCCUCCUUCGACUUCAACUGCCCGUGCCUGGCGCGCUACAAUGCCCUCUAUGGCCUGGGCCUGCUGCUCACACCCCCGCUUGCCCUGUUCCUCUGUGGCCUCCUUGCCAACCGGCAGUCGGCGGUGAUGGUUGAGGAGUGGCGCCGGCCUGCAGGGCACCGGAGGAAGGACCCAGGCAUCAUCAGGUAUAUGUGCUCUUCCGCGCUGCAGAGAGCACUGGUUGCCCCCCUUGUCUGGCUCCUGCUGGCUCUCCUGGAUGGGAAGUGCUUCGUGUGUGCCUUCAGCAGCUCCGUGGAUCCUGAGAAGUUUCUGGACUUUGCCAACAUGACCCCCAGCGAGGUGCAGCUCUUCUUGGCCAAGAUGCCCUGCAAAGAGGAUGAGCUGGUCAGGGACAGUCCCACUCGAAAGGCGGUGUCUCGCUACCUGCGGUGCCUGUCACAGGCCAUCGGCUGGAGUAUCACCCUGCUGCUCAUCGUGGUGGCCUUCCUGGCCCGCUGCCUGAGGCCCUGCUUCGACCAGACAGUCUUCCUGCAGCGCAGAUACUGGAGCAACUAUGUGGACCUGGAGCAGAAGCUCUUUGACGAGACAUGCUGUGAACAUGCGCGGGACUUCGCCCACCGCUGCGUGCUGCACUUCUUCGCCAGCAUGCAGAGCGAGAUGCGGGCUUGGGGGCGCCGCGGGGACACCGCCAGCAGGAACUCCAAGUGCCCUGAAAUGCCUGAGCUCCCUGAGGGCCUAGAAGGUGGAAAGGCUCACCUGCGUGCAGUCUCCAGCCGGGAACAGGUGGACCAUCUCCUGAGCACCUGGUACUCCAGCAAACCGCCACUUGACCUCGUGGCAUCCCCUGGGCUCUGGGGGCGUGGUCUCAGCUACCGUGCCCCCUCUGUGGCUGUGGGCACCAAGCCUUCCCAGCACACUGAUGUAUAAGGACCCCAGCAGCGUCCCCACGUGAAAUGCCCGUGCUGACAAGAGCCUGGGGGCUUUCCAGGCUGUGGGGACCCCAAGGCUGAGUAGCCUAACCCUUGUUGUCCUCCUUCCCCAAAAUAGCCCUGUCUCUGACCUAGUUUCUGGGCAUGGCCUCCUGUGUGCCCUAAAAAAAGUUUCACAAACUUUAAUGUACUGAGCACUCACCUGGGCUCUUGUUAAACGCAGGUUCUGAUUUCGUGCAUUCAGGAUGGGGUUGGAGACUGUAUGUGGAACAAGCCCGCAGGUGAUCCUGAUGUAUCUGAUCAGUGGACUAAACUUUGAGUCGCAGAGUCUAAAUAGAUCUGCCAUGGGUUCUGGGUCCUAGAUGUCCAGAUUCUAAAUGUUUGAAAUAAUAAA